CGUAUUUCAAAAUAAGUACACUUUGUUCAUGUAGGCAUAAGACAGUGUUUUUCUAUUCAUGUGUGGUUCGAGACACAAUCGCUUUUAAUUAUACAAAUAAUAUUAUAUUACUAGCAAAUAUUUUAAUCAAAGACUUUAAAAUUUUCAUCGAAUAUGGCACAAAACAUAAGUCCAGAUCGUUCACAAUCAUCAAAUUUAUCAAAGCAAAACGAAGAAGCUGUACAAAUCAAAGAUAAUCAUGCAGUAAGCAAAAGAUUACAAAAAGAAUUGAUGCUUUUGAUGAUGUCGUCUGAAAAAGGCAUAUCGGCAUUUCCUGAUGGUGAUAACAUAUUCCGUUGGAUAGGUACCAUCAGCGGUCCACCAGAUACAUGCUAUGCUGGUCACAAAUACAAACUGCAAUUAGAAUUCCCAAAUUCUUAUCCAUAUUCCGCACCAGUAGUUAAAUUCAUCACACCAUGCUUUCAUCCAAACAUUGAUUUGUCGGGAGCAAUUUGUUUGGAUAUUUUGAAGGAUAAAUGGUCAGCACUCUACGAUGUUCGAACAAUUUUACUAUCAAUCCAAUCACUCUUGGGCGAACCGAAUAACGAAAGUCCAUUGAACGCUCAUGCUUCAUUACUUUGGAAUAAUCAAACAGAAUUUAAAAAAUACCUCGAUGAAUUCUACGAAAAGAACAAAGAAGAAGCUUAAAAGAAAUACCAAUAGCCAGUUAAUGACAAGCAAAAAAAAAAAAACAAUAAACAAAACA